CUAUAUAGAAUAAUUAGAAUAUACUCCGUUUUUUUUGCUCCAUUUUCAUCUCAUCUGUCCGAAUUGCUACUGCUCGCCGCACGGGGCAACUUCCCAACCUUCUCUCUGUCAACUCCCUGCGCUUCUUCUCCGCGUGUAUAGAUACAUAUAUGAUUGAUUAUACGUAUAGGAUUUAGUGUGAUUUUCUUGUGGGAUUUCAAGAACUGCGCAGAAAUCUGCGAGCUUUUUUUGUGUUAUCCGGGGAGUGUGGAGGAGUUAAGAGGAGGGGGAUUAGCAGCCAGGUCUGUGAAAACGGGAAAGCUGUAGACUUUUGCGUUUACAUCUGGAGAUUCUUUAUUUUUCUGCCUUUUAUAGCCACUGAUCUUGAAUGCUGAUGGUGUGUGGGUAUGCAUAUUUAUACUUGUUGCAUUGAUGGGAAGUUGUUGAGUGAAAUUUGCUGAUUUGGCUAGGGUUUAUCAAGGAUCAAGCAAUUGUCUUUUGCUCCGGGUUUUGUGUGAAAGUUUGUCUCGUUUCGGAAUUGGGUUUUUUUUGUUCCCUGGCUUGUUUCUUUGGCUUUUCCAAACUGAAGAAGAGUUCUUGUCUGGAAAAAUUGGAUCUUUGUUCACUCAGUGUGUGGUCUUAUAAAAAAGAGAGUGGCAUAAGUGUUCGGGUCUUGUUGCAUUGAUCACUAUCUGCUGAAUAAGAACCCUUCUUUUUUGGGAAUAAACAGUAUGACUCGGAGGGUGAGAAGGAGAUUGGCAAAAGAAGGCCCGGAAGAGUGCGUGGAGCUUUUAGAUAUUGAUGAAAACAAUAGUAUUUUAGACGAGAGAGGGGUGGUUGAUUGGACGAAGUUGCCCGAUGAUACUGUAAUUCAGCUUUUUUCAUCUAUGAAUCUUCGCGAUAGGGCAAGUUUGUCAUCAACAUGCCGGUCUUUGAGAGCUUUGAGCAUGUCUGAAUGUUUAUGGAGGCAAUUGGAUCUUCGUUCUUACAAGUUUGAUGCUUCAAGUGCUGCUUCUCUUGCGUCUAGGUGUGUGAAUCUUCAAAAGCUUCGGUUUCGGAGUGCUGAUUCUGCGGAUGCUGUUAUACACCUUAAGGCUAGGGAUUUGCGUGAGAUAAGUGGUGAAUAUUGUAGAAAGGUCACAGACGCCACACUUGCCAUGAUUGUGGCUAGACAUGAAAACCUUGAAAGUUUGCAGCUUGGGCCGGAUUUUUGUGAAAGGAUCAGCAGUAGUGCAAUAAAAGCAAUCGCUGCUUGUUGUCCUCUUCUGCGUAAGCUAAGACUCUCCGGUGUACGUGAUGUAGAUGGAGAUGCCAUCAAUGCUUUGGCUAAGAAUUGUAAGAAUUUGAUGGAAAUUGGGUUUAUAGACUGUCUAAAUGUAGAUGAGAUAGGGAUAGGGAGGGUAUUAUCCCUUAAGUUCCUUUCAGUUGCAGGAUCAACUAAUAUAAACUGGAAUUUGGGUUCACAACAUUGGAGUGAGCUACCGAACUUGAUGGGUUUAGAUGUUUCUAGAACAGAUAUCAUCCACAGUGCUGUCGAGAGAUUGUUUUCUUCCUCGAAAAGCUUGAUGGUUUUAUGCGCUUUAUAUUGCCCUAUGUUUGAUCAAAAUGCCAACUUUGUCCCUCCGUAUAACAAAGGCAAACUGCUACUUUCUCUUCGGACGGACAUUUUUAAAGAGGUGGCUUCCUUAUUUGUCGACACUAAAUUAAAGAACGAGAGGAAUAUUUUUUUGGAAUGGAGACAAUCAAGGACUAAAGGAGGGAAGCGAGAGGAAGUUAUGAAUUGGGUCGAAUGGAUCCUCUCUCAUUCUCUUUUGCGUGUUGCUGAGAUCAACCCCCAAGGUUUGGAUGCAUUCUGGCUCAAUCAAGGUGCAAAUCUGUUUCUCAGUUUGACCCAAAGCACACAAGAAGAAGUUCAGGAAAGGGCUGCAACCGGCUUAGCAACGUUUGUAGUAAUUGAUGAUGAAAAUGCUAAUGUUGACAGUGGAAGGGCUGAAGCAAUUAUGCCAAGUGGUGGCAUUCGGCUUCUUUUGAACCUUGCAAGAUGUUGGCAUGAUGGGAUCCAAUCAGAAGCUGCAAAGGCAAUAGCAAACUUAUCUAUGAACGCGAAUGUUGCAAAGUCUGUUGCAGAGGAGGGAGGUAUUAAUAUCCUAACGAAUUUAGCAAGGUCAGCGAAUAGGUUGGUUGCUGAAGAGGCAGCAGGAGGACUUUGGAAUCUCUCAGUUGGGGAAGGGCAUAAGGCUUCCAUUGCUGAAGCAGGUGGCUUAAAAGCUUUAGUUGAUCUGAUCUUCAGAUGGUCAUCGAGUGGUGGCGAAGGGGUUCUGGAGCGGGCUGCUGGUGCAUUAGCAAACCUUGCUGCUGAUGAUAAGUGUAGCAUGGGGAUUGCUUCAGUAGGCGGCGUACAUGCACUGGUUACCCUUGCUCAAAACUGCAAUGCUGAAGGAGUCCAAGAACAGGCAGCUCGUGCUUUGGCAAAUCUAGCUGCUCAUGGCGAUAGCAACUGCAACAAUGCUUUUGUUGGACAAGAAGACGGAGCUCUUGAAGCCCUUGUUCAUCUUACCCGUUCCCCUCAUGAUGGUGUUAGGCAAGAAGCUGCUGGAGCAUUGUGGAACUUGUCAUUCGAUGAUAGGAACCGAGAAGCAAUAGCAGCAACGGGUGGUGUCGAAGCUUUGGUUGCUCUCGCGAAAUCGUGUUCAGAUGCUUCUCCUGCCCUUCAGGAGAGAGCUGCUGGUGCUCUUUGGGGCAUGUCUGUGUCAGAAACAAAUAGUAUUGCUAUUGGACGAGAAGGUGGAGUACCACCACUUAUAGCAUUGGCAAGAUCUGAAGCUGAGGACGUACAUGAGACGGCAGCUGGAGCUCUUUGGAACCUUGCCUUCAAUUCUGGCAAUGCUCUUCGAAUAGUAGAGGAAGGGGGUGUUCCCGCCCUAGUUCAUCUUUGCUCUACCUCUAUCUCUAAAAUGGCUCGUUUCAUGGCUUCGUUGGCGUUAGCAUAUAUAUUCGAUGGAAGAAUGGAUGAAGUGGCAGUUAUAGGGAGCGGCUCAUCAGAGAGCUCAUCAAAGAGUAGUGUGAAUUUGCAUGGAGCUAAAAGAAUGGCUUUGAAGCACAUUGAAGCUUUUGUGCUUGCAUUCUCUGAGCCACAAUCAUUCGCUGCUGCUGCUGCUUCUUCCUCCCCUACUGCUCUGUUUCAUGUUAUUGAUUCUGUAUGGAUUCAUGAAGCCGGCCAUCUUAGAUGCAGUGGCGCGGAGAUUGGAAGAUUUGUCAAAAUGCUUCAAAAUCCAUCUUCUAUUCUCAAGGCAUGCGCCGCAUUUGCUCUUCUUCAGUUCACAAUUCCAAGUGGGCGUCAUGCGAUGCACCAUGUGAGCCUGUUGCAGAGCCCGGGUGCGUCGCGGAUUCUGCGUGCAGCAGCCGCAUCUGCAAGUGCGCCGCUUGAAGCCAAAAUAUUUGCCAGAAUUGUACUGCGCAACUUGGAGCAGCAUCAUACCGAUACUUCACGCAUACACUAAGCCGGUGGCUGCUGCUCCCCAGUUCUAUAUAUAUAUUUAUACUUAUACGAUUUUCUGGUUUUGUGUUUUUGGUUGAUGUCCGUACACCUCCUGUGUGUUUGGAGUGUGUUCUUUGUAUUGUAUGUAUUUUAGGUGGACUAUAGCAACUCUUCUUCAUGGGAGAAGAACAGACACCCAUAAUCCUUUCAUUUUUAAAAAAAAGUAUUCAUGGUU